AUGAGCUUAAAUAGAGGGACUCUAUUGUCCAGGAAUAGGAUAUGGUGCACUAUAAGAAAGCAGCAUACUCUACCGCAUACACAACAUACGAAACGAUCUAGUCCAGGAUUUGAUUAUGAGUUUAUAAAAACAGAGGAACGAUCAAGGGCAGAUAUAGUGAAAAAAUAUUUACCACCAGAUCAAGUUGGAAGUCAUGCAGAUGAAUAUAAACUGCUACAGCUCGAAGAUAUGUCACUGUUUAGAAAUGCAGACGGGACAUUAGUCAAAGGCAAUAAUGCUUUUGAAGCUAGACUCGAUGAUCGAACUCUACGGGGAAGAACAGACCAUUCGGUUACUGUUCUACCACCUCAAAUUGCAAAAGCUAUUCAGAACAACAUUUUGAGUACCACCAUACCAGCAAAGCUAAGAGAGCGUGUGGUGUCGGUAUACCAGAACUUGCAAAAGAACCAGAUUCAACAAGCACCACUGAGUGAGCUUGAUUGCAAUGCGCACAUUGCUGCCCUUUUCUUGCAGGAUUACAGUCAUGCUAAACAAGUAUUGGAAGAAUUGAGACAAAGGGCCGGCCAUGCAAAUUUCAACCCACAGAAAGUAUUAGAUAUUGGGUACGGUCCAGCAACGGGGAUUGUCGCUUUGAAUGAAAUUAUGGGACCAGACUGGGUUCCAGAGGAAAAAGAUGCCUAUAUUGUUGGAAGAAAGAAUAAUGAAAUGAAGAAAAGAGCCAAGAUUAUAUUAUCCAGACAAGUAAGUGAAAAUGUUGAAAGAAAUGAGCCCGGUGAGCAUCCAGUUGAGGCGAACGACUAUGUUGGACCAAUCGAUGCAAAAAAGAUUGAAGUUCGAACCAAGUUGAGAGACACAAUCCCGGUGACAAAAAAAUACGACCUUAUUAUUGUCAACCAUUCAUUGUUGACGAAAGAGUACAAUUUUGCCAACGAUGUUGACGAGAAUGUGCGAAUGAUUUUAAGGUUGCUAGCACCAAAAGGGCAUUUGGUUUUGGUUGAACGAGGAAACUCGGUUGGUUUCGAAACUAUUGCAAGGGCUAGGCAAUUGAUGAUACGUCCUGAAAAGUUUCCUCAUGAAUUGGGUAAAAUCCCUCGACCAUACAUUAAAGGAUCGAGUGGGAAGCCACAGCAUAUGAAAAAGGAAGAUAGUAUUGUUAGUGAUGAUGAUAUUGAAUUUGAAAAAGAGCUCUUGGCAAAAUUGGAUUUGGAGGAGGCAAGGGAGCAAGGUGUCAACUUGGAAAGCGAAUUGGAUGAGAAAUUUGGUAAAAUCGAAGAUGACCAGUUGAAAUUUGACGAAGAAAACGAUCCAAAUUUUGAAGUGUUUGACACGGAAACUGCUGCUGCUAGUGAACCACAAUUUGACAAGAUUGACUACCACUUAAAAGUUCUUGCGCCAUGCCCUCAUCAUCGAAAGUGUCCUUUACAGUUGGGUGAUCCGAAAUACUAUAAAAUCCCAUCGCAUAAGCAUCGUUUGAAUUUCUGUUCAUUUUCCAAAAUUGUUGAGAGGCCCAGUUACACUAUGGAAUUGAAAAAAGGUAAGAAAUUGGCUGCUAAAUGGGACAAAAGUUCUAUGGACGGUAUUGGCACCCUUAGUCGAGGUGAAUUGAAGAAACUUGGUGGUAAAGGUCGACCAGGAGGUAGAGAUACCGAGGAUGGUUCCUAUUCAUACUUGAUUGUUGAAAGAAGCGACAAUACUGAGGAAUCGAUUUCCCAUAUAAACAACUUGCGUGACUUUAGUAAUCACGAUAAUUCACCAAUUGACCAAGAUGAUAUCAACAAUUGGCCCAGAAUAAUCAGAACCCCUGACAAGUUGAAGAAGAAUGUUAAGCUAACUGUUUGCUCUAAUGAGGGGGAUAUUGAAACAUGGCAGAUUCCUCGGUCAUUGGGUAAACAAACCUAUCAUGAUGCAAGAAAGGUUCAAUUGGGUGAUUUAUGGGCAUUGGAUAAAAAGGUUAGCUCCAAAAGACAACCAAUUUCGAAUGAGGUUAAAUCAAAAUUGGAUACAUUAUACAAGACGCAUAAAAAGACAUUUAAAAAAGAGCAACAACGCAAGAUUUGGAAAAAGAAGGUUGGAGUAAAUGAAGAUGAAUUUGAUGAUGGGUUUUUGGCAACAGAGAUGAUGGCGGAUAAAUUGGAAAAUAGCCAGUCGUAUAAGAAACAAGGAAAACGAUUAGAUAUUAAUCCUGAAGAAUAUGAAGGCAAGUGA